GUCAGUAUCGAGUCAAUAUAUAUUUUAUAAUUGUUCAAGUUAACUCGAACCCCAAACUCGAACCACCUUACAAAAUGGAGGGCAUGGAAGAUAUUAACCUCAAAGCCAACGGGUCGGAUACCUUUUCGAAAUUUACACUGGCCAACAUGGUAUCGCUGCCAUCCUCUUUGACCGAACCGACGACCCGUUCGACUGCGCAGGCGCAGCUGAAUGGCGAGUCCCCCAUGGGCAAGUACACGGAGCGCAUGGUGGAGGACAUUCUGACCGAGAUUUUCAAGGAGCGACGGGGGGACAUUCCAGAGACCUCAUCCUCUUGUCACGCGGCCGAUAUUCCGUGGCCAAUUAAGGAGCGGGAACCGCACGUGGACAAACGGCUGCGAUACUGGAAGGAGGUACUUCACCAGCGCAAGUUGAUGCAAGAACGAGUCCAGCGGGAAACGGGCAAGCUGGCCAGUGAGGUGCUCUUCAACCGCCGCUCAACACUGGACAACCGCGACGGGCAGAUGGUGAAGCGCGUGAUGGACUACGCGGACCGCAUGAAGGGCGAGCGUCUGAUGAGCGCACCACUUUCCAAGCUGGGCGACCAAUUGGAUCCAUGGUGUCAGGUAGUUCCUGGACUGCAGGCCACGACACCGAAAGCGGAAAAGGUGGGCUACAAGGAUGUAGAGAUCGUUGGCAUGCCAGAGGUCUGCAAAACGGAGAUCUUGGGCAAGGAGGCCAUGGAGCAGAACCCACCACCAGGCUGGCUGCAAUCGGAGUUCCUGGACCAACGACUGGAGCAAAACUUUGUAGACAUCCAAAACGUCGUGGAGUUCUUUCCCGAUGUGGAUGCCCUGCAGGUGAAGGGUACUGCUCUCAACAAGAUCAAUCGAUUACCGAAGCCGUUCCUAGUGGAUGUGGAUUCCAUGCACACGGUGACCAAAAGUGAGAGCUCGCCGAUCUGCACCGAGGAGUGCAUCUGCGAGUCUUGUGGCGAAACGGAGGAGAAAUCGUCAGGAACUCCACCUCCCAUUCCGGAUGUGGGACUACGGGUUAAUGGUGUGGAUUACAUUCCGUGCGAGGGAGAUGGCGGAGGAAUUAAGGAGUGCUAUGAAAUCGUCGCCCGGUUCACAUGCGAUCCGUUUCAGCGUCGGCUCAAGCACGUCCUGCAGCUGACCAACAUUGGCACACAGUCGCUCUCCUUCUCCUGGAAACAGAGCACCUACUACUACAACCGGGGAUCUCUGUUGCUGGCCCAGGACAACGAGUUUCACUUCGACCUGGAGGGUUUCAGACUGUCGCACGGUGAGACUCGGAAUGUAGCGGUGCUCUACCAGCCACGAAAAGUGGCAAUGGCGGUGGAGUUGUGGCUGCUUCAGGUGGAGCCGCGAAUCUUUUGCGGCCGCCAGGAGUCGCUACUGCUCCGCCUUUACGGACGUUGCACUCCACCAGCUGACUACAUGGCCAAACUACUCGAGUGCCAAUGCGUCUGCAUCUGCAAGUCGGAUGCAGUUGAAAUGGAUAAAUUGACCACCCAUUUGGGGGCUCUGGCUCCCAUGGUGGUACCUCCACCGACGUGCUGCCCCUAUGAGCGGCCUCUGGACGAUCGGGAGGCGUUUAACGCUCUAAAUCCGGGCUACAUUUGUGCCCGCUUCGAUGACCUGGAGGUGCUUCGUGCGUUCCACCGGCGCUUAAAGAAGCCGCGGGAGCCGCUCUGGGAUAUGCGCCUAUCAACCAUCAAGGACUACAUAAUGCGGAUUAACGGAUUGGUGGAGCGUGAAGCGAUCUUUUCCGAAUUUAACCAACUUCUCGCUCCUUUGCUAGGUGGCGGAUUCUCACUGAAUGCCUCUUCCCAGCAGGAUGUUCAAAAGCAGCGGUCGCGGUUCAUAUAUGUGCGCGGUGUCAUCUGCAAUGGCAUCGCUGAGUGGGAGGACCUAAUGUUCAAUGUGGAAGAUUCUUUUUUCAAGCCAGAGCUUCAGCGGUACUACCAAAGCUUGUUGGGAGAGUCCGAGGAAGGCGAUGAAGAAGAACAGGAGCAGCCAAAGCCAAUGACGCCCAUCGACAUGGAGAAACUAUUAGAAAUUUUGGGCGAGACGGAGUUGGACGAGAAGAAGAUCCGGACGGCGGUCAUCCGCAAAUUGUAUCGGUCCAAAUAUUUCCGGGAUGCGCUCUACAUCCAAACCUACUCACAUCUGUGCAACAUGUCAGAGGACAUUGUGUCCGUUAUAGAGAGUACAGAAAUAGUACCGACCUAGGAAAAACUAUUACCCUCACUCUGUUUUAAGAUGAUCUUGCACAAAUCAAUGGUUUUCACAAUACAUUAAGUACAUAUGAAAAGUUAAGAAGGAAGCGAUUCA